UUUCAUUGUCGGACAAAUAUUUCAAGGUUAAGUCAAGCUUUGAGUGCGUCAGCCGACCACUGGCGCAGAAUUGAUUCAAAUUCAGCUCUCUGGAGGUUACAUUGUUUUACUUUUAGUUGCUGGCUAUUUUAAUAGAAAUGCUAAUUCGGGCCAUGCCGUCCUCAGAUUAUGACUCGGCCUCUUUGCCGGACUUACUACCGCUAUACUACCGACGGCUGUUCCCAUUCUCCCAGUAUUACCGCUGGCUAAACUAUGGAGGAGUGCAGAAGAACUACUUUCAGAAUCGAGAGUUCUCCUUCACACUCAAAGAUGACAUAUACGUCCGCUACCAGUCGUUCAGCACUCAGAAUGAGCUGGAAAAGGAAAUGCAGAAGAUGAACCCUUACAAGAUCGACAUUGGAGCGAUAUACAGUCACAGGCCCAGUCAACACAACACCGUGAAGUCAGGGACCUUCCAGGCCCUGGAGAAGGAGCUGGUGUUUGAUAUCGAUAUGACAGAUUAUGAUGAUGUCAGAAGCUGUUGCAGUGCUGCAGACAUUUGCUCCAAGUGCUGGACCCUGAUGACCAUCGCCAUUCGCAUCCUGGAUAGAGCUCUUCGAGAGGACUUUGGUUUCCAGCACCUGCUGUGGGUUUAUUCUGGCAGAAGAGGAGUGCAUUGCUGGGUGUGUGAUGAAGCUGCCAGGAAGCUCUCUGUAGCAGCACGCUCUGCAGUUGCAGAAUAUCUCAGCCUGGUUAAGGGAGGUGAAGAGACAGUGAAGAAGGUUGUGUUGACAGAUCCAAUUCAUCCUUUUAUCAGAGAGUCUUUGACAGUGGUGGAGCAUUACUUCACCCGGUACGCACUACAGGAGCAGGACAUACUCGGCCGCAAGGGAUCCGUAGACAAAGUGCUGGCACUCGUGCCUGAAGAUGUAAGGAAAGAAUUACAACAGGAUUUCCAGAAUGAGAAGAAACCUGAAAGUCGUUGGAAAUUAAUCGAGGAACUAGCCAAUAGGAAACAGAGCACUGCCAAAAAGGGCCAACACUUUGAGAAAGAAAUCAUGCUGCAGUAUUGCUACCCACGCCUUGAUGUGAACGUCAGUAAAGGGGUGAACCACUUGCUGAAAAGCCCCUUCAGUGUCCAUCCCAAAACAGGACGCAUUUCUGUUCCCAUUGACCUCAAAGAAUUAGAUUCAUUUGAUCCUUUUGCUGUGCCCACAAUCAGUCUGAUCUGUGAGGAGCUGGAUCGACCCAAGAGAGGAGAAGAGGAAGAGAAGUCGGAGGACAACAAGGAGAAGGAAAACGAGAAGGAUGCAGCAGAGAGACGAAAAAUCAGAGAUUACAAAAGAACGAGCCUGGCAAAGUAUGUGAAAUACAUGGAUCAGUUUCUGGAUGGAUUGGCUCACUCUUGGAAAGGAGAGCUUCUCAGAAAAAGUGAUUUUCAGAAAGAAUUCUGAAGUGGAUCAACUAUGAGAAAGUGACGCAGAAGAGGCACAGUUAAUGGCUCUUUACCACUUAACAUUGGUGACGAUGCAAAUCGUCCUGUUUUGGGGGGCUUCGUGUUGUGCUGGAAUGCUGAUAUUUUUUCUAAUGAGCAAUAUUUUCCUUCAAGUCUGUUUUGUUACACUUUCAUCAGAUUUGACAACAUAAUACAUUCAUCAACAAAACAUGCCAUUGCCCUCAUUUUGUUUUUGUACAUUUGUUUGUGACAAUAAAUUUGGUAUUCCUGUUA